AUGAAUCUAUAUGCCUAUUUUGUAGUAUUGUUCGUGGUUUUUGCCUUUAUUCUGGUUCUGCCGCUGCUUUCCGGAACUUUCUCUUACAAGCUCCACAAGCCAACGUCCCACAACAGCCAUACGUCUCAAGAGAGUGCUAGUUCUAUAUCCAGGAGACAGAAACUCCGCGAAAAAUUGAAUAUCACUAAGGAACAAAAUCCCUUGCGGAUUCAUCUGGAUGCAGCAGCGUCUUCGUCGAUUCCCUCUCGGAAGUACGGUAUUGACUCGAAAACGGGUCCCAAGAGGCGUACAAUUGCCAAAUUCGAUAACGACCCCAACACCUAUGAUUACGAUCUGGCAGAGCUGAUCGGUGAGGAUGAACGUGAGGAACAGCGCGAACGCGAGCUUCAGUUCCGGCAGUUUGCGGGAAAGCAACAAGAAGUCCACGAGUCCCUAGUGUAG